CCUGGGUACGACGAAUGGUUUCGCCGGUACGUGCGCUGCCACAACGACGUUUUCAAAACAUCGCACUCAAAGUGGCUCGGAGUUGGGAAGACGUCCAUGCGCCGUUACAUCACAAUUCCAUCUUCAUGGUGGACGGCCGAGUUGCUUGCGCCCUGCAUUACCUCACACUUGCGGACGGUUACGAUGCAUCCGCGCUCGAGUUUUGAAUCAGCAAGACAAUGGCGAGAACAUAUACCAUCCAAGUAUGUAGUCUGUUGUGUCGACGCUUCUUGGCGAGUGACGUGUGUACUCCACGAACGGCGCAUCGUGGGAAGCGAUUCGGUUUGGAUUUGAGGAGGUGGUGGGAUUUCCAAACGUGUACGGAGCCAGUUUUGAUGGAACGUUGAUACCGAUCAAGCGUUUUACGGACUAUGACGGGUGAUAGUGUCAAAAGGGUUUCCCCGCGUUCAACAUGCAGGCCGUGGUGGAUAACAAAAAUGAAGUUCAUGUCGUAUUCCAUUCGGUCGGGGAGUCAAAACGACAAGGUAUUGUUUCGUGAGUCCCGAUUUGGUAAGACAUGCCACACGCAAGUGCCCCCUGGUGCUUGCUUCCUGGUAGACGGAGGAUACAAGUUGUACGGUCACUUGCUGACACCGUAUCCACUUCGAUUUGGCAUCGAGGGCGACGAAGCUCACUACACCCUCCGUCACAGCCGCACCCGAAUGGCCGUGGAGCGUGCGUUUAGAUUGUGGAAAAACACGCUUCGAAUUUUUCAAGUCAAUAUAUUGCGCGGGUCACCUGAGGAGAUGGUGAUACUCAUCAAGGCAACGCUGGUACUACACAAUUUGUUUAUCGACGAACAAUCACUCGAGGCAGGCGUUCCGGAUGUGGACGACUACGAAGAUUGGAUGCACAUUGGUGGCGACGCCGUGCAUUAA